GGCGGCGGCCGAACUCCGCGGCGGCCCCGAGGCGCCGGCUGCGCCCUGGCCGCUGCCUCGCCGCUGCUUUUCGGCUCCGACAUGGAAGAUGGAUCUUCUAACAGUACGAGCUGCUUCCGAAGGCUGACCGAGUGUUUCCUGAGCCCCAGUUUGACAGAUGAAAAGGUGAAGGCAUACCUAUCUCUUCACCCCCAAGUGUUAGAUGAGUUUGUAUCUGAAAGUGUUAGUACAGAGACUGUAGAGAAAUGGCUGAAGAGGAAAAACAACAAACUUGAAGAUGACUCGGCUCCAAAGGAAGUCAGCAGGUACCAAGAUACAAAUAUGCAAGGAGUCGUAUAUGAGCUGAACAGCUACAUAGAACAACGGUUGGAUACAGGAGGAGAUAACCACUUGCUCCUCUAUGAGUUGAGCAGCAUCAUCAAAGUAGCCACAAAAGCUGAUGGAUUUGCACUGUACUUCCUUGGAGAGUGCAAUAAUAGUCUGUGCGUGUUCACACCGCCUGGAAUAAAGGAAGGAAAACCUAGACUCAUCCCCGCCGGGCCCAUAGCCCAGGGCACUACCGUCUCUGCUUAUGUGGCCAAGUCCAGGAAAACGCUGCUCGUAGAAGACAUCCUUGGGGAUGAGCGAUUUCCAAGAGGCACUGGACUGGAAUCAGGGACUCGUAUCCAGUCUGUUCUCUGCUUGCCGAUUGUCACUGCGAUUGGUGACUUGAUUGGCAUUCUUGAACUGUACCGGCACUGGGGCAAGGAAGCCUUCUGCCUCAGUCAUCAGGAGGUUGCAACAGCAAAUCUUGCCUGGGCUUCAGUAGCAAUACAUCAGGUGCAGGUAUGCAGAGGUCUUGCUAAACAGACUGAAUUGAAUGACUUUCUACUAGAUGUAUCAAAAACAUAUUUCGAUAACAUAGUCGCAAUAGAUUCCCUACUUGAACACAUAAUGAUAUAUGCAAAAAACCUGGUGAAUGCCGAUCGUUGUGCACUUUUCCAGGUAGACCAUAAGAACAAGGAGUUGUAUUCAGACCUUUUUGAUAUUGGAGAGGAAAAAGAAGGAAAACCCGUCUUCAAGAAGACCAAGGAGAUAAGAUUUUCUAUUGAGAAAGGGAUCGCUGGUCAAGUGGCAAGAACAGGGGAAGUCCUGAACAUCCCAGAUGCCUAUGCAGAUCCACGCUUCAACAGAGAAGUGGACUUGUACACAGGCUACACCACCCGGAAUAUCCUGUGCAUGCCUAUUGUGAGCAGAGGAAGUGUGAUUGGGGUAGUGCAGAUGGUGAACAAAAUCAGUGGCAGUGCCUUCUCCAAAACGGACGAGAACAACUUCAAGAUGUUCGCCGUCUUCUGUGCCCUGGCCUUACACUGUGCUAAUAUGUAUCAUAGAAUUCGUCACUCAGAGUGCAUUUACCGGGUGACCAUGGAGAAGCUGUCCUAUCACAGCAUCUGCACCGCGGAAGAGUGGCAGGGCCUCAUGCAUUUCACACUGCCCCUACGGCUCUGCAAAGAAAUUGAACUGUUCCACUUUGACAUUAGUCCGUUUGAAAAUAUGUGGCCUGGAAUUUUUGUCCAUAUGGUUCAUCAGUCCUGUGGGGCGUUCUGUUUUGACCUUGAAAAGUUGUGCCGUUUUAUUAUGUCCGUGAAGAAGAACUACCGGCGAGUGCCGUACCACAACUGGAAGCAUGCGGUCACGGUGGCCCACUGCAUGUACGCCAUCCUGCAGAACAACUACAGCCUCUUCACGGAGCUCGAGCGCAAAGGACUGCUGAUUGCCUGUCUGUGUCACGACCUGGACCACAGGGGCUUUAGUAACUCCUAUCUGCAGAAAUUCGACCACCCCUUGGCAGCGCUGUACUCCACCUCCACCAUGGAGCAACAUCACUUCUCCCAGACGGUGUCCAUCCUGCAGUUGGAAGGGCACAACAUCUUCUCCGCCCUGAGCUCCAGUGAGUACGAGCAGGUGCUGGAGAUCAUCCGAAAAGCCAUCAUCGCCACGGAUCUUGCUUUGUACUUUGGAAACAGGAAACAGUUGGAGGAGUUGCACCAGACCGGAUCGCUAAACCUUCUUAAUCAGUCACAUAGGGACCGUGUAAUUGGCUUGAUGAUGACAGCCUGUGACCUUUGUUCUGUGACAAAACUGUGGCCAGUUACAAAGUUGACGGCAAAUGAUAUAUAUGCAGAGUUCUGGGCAGAGGGUGACGAAAUGAAGAAACUGGGAAUACAGCCCAUACCUAUGAUGGACAGGGACAAGAAGGAUGAAGUCCCACAAGGCCAGGUUGGAUUCUACAACGCCGUAGCUGUCCCCUGCUAUACCACACUGGCCCAGAUCCUGCCUCCCACGGAGCCUCUCCUCAAAGCCUGCAGGGAUAAUCUGAGUCAGUGGGAGAAGGUGAUUCGAGGGGAAGAGACUGGACUGUGGAUCUCCACGCCAACCACAGCGGCUGAGGGGACCUCUGAGAAGCAUCCUGUGAAGACCCAGGAGUGAUGGUCAUGGACUAGGUGUCCGACUCCACGGUUCUCAUCCUGCUUCUUUGGCGCUUUUUCCUUUUAUUUUUGACGGGGAAAACCUACACCUGAUGACUGGAGUGCAAUCUCCUGAAGAAGGGAACAUCAGCCUGUCUGUGGAGCAGCCAGCUCCUGCCGAGCUCAAGACACGUGCACAGACAGGGAGCAGCCGAGACCGCCCUGUGUUGGACGUCAGCAGGCCAGCAACUCCACUGGACCCUUGAGCCCCCUCUGUAACAGGCUAACCUUGUGGAAGCCUUACUGGGAAGUAAAAGAGACAACUCUGAAGGGUACUCUCCCCGUGUCCUUUCACAAGGGUGUUAAUGGUACUACUCUGGUAUUGUACUUCGGGUUUAACACCAAUGUUGCUUUGUAAGUGUUGAUUAUAAAUAGGGUUCUUUUACACAUUACUGUCGUGAAUGUUCAUGUGUGAUCUCCUUAUGGUAAACUUGAGUUGUAGCCCACAGCCUCAGGACAGCAUCACGAAGGGGACAGAGUAAGAAGUGAUAGGAAAACGUCAAAUUCUCAUUCCACAGCUUCAUGAUUUUAGGUGGACCAGAGCGCAUUCUCUUAGGUGCGUUACAGCGGAGGGUGCAGGUGAAUCCCUCACACACUAAGGACGCGGACUCUUGUCCUGUGAAGAGAUGCAGGCAUGCAUCCUCAUAGAUCUCUGCACUUCCACUCGUGGUUCAAGGAUGUCAAGGAAUUUUCCAAACUUUCUCCUUCAUUGUAGUUGUGGCAAAUUUACUGAACCCUUUGCAUAAAGAACAAAAUAAAAGCAAGGCAUACUAUUUUUUUAAGCAAACAAGUCUUGUGGGUAUAAAAUGUGAACUUUUAAUAAUGAUUCUAUUUUUACUUUGCGUCGUGGCAACAUUUUUGACUCAUGUUCAAAAUAAAAGGGUUAUUCUAAAAGUUAUUUCAUUAAAUUAUACCAUACAUUUCUCUUUCAAUCACAUUACACUGUCACGUGUUAGUCUUCUGUCAUUUGCUCUAGGCAGCCGCACUGGCCCCAUUUGUCCCUCUUGGCACGCUCCAUCGCGCUUUGGUGGCACCGUCUCCAGCCAGCAGGAGGGGGCAGCAGUGCAACCACAGUGUCCUGGUUUUUGUCCCCUUCUGCUCUUCACAGGUCAGACAUCUACAGAGGAACCACAGCUUGGCAGAUGAAUACUGCUGUACAAUCUUCGUAUAAUGUUUAGUAGAAACUAUGACAGAAUUUCUGGCUCUCCUUCACAGGUGUCAGGACAGUUACUUCUGGUCCACGUCAGCACUUUCAGGGUGGUUGUCACAGUGAUUCAGUGACGCCUGAGUCAGCACUUGGUUUUCAUCUGAAGGAAUUAGAGUGACAGACCAGUCCACAGCAAAGAACUUGUUCCUCUGCUUGUGGCAGGAAUAUUAAUCUGAAAAAUAAAAUUUUAAAUAAUGUUUCUGCAGACUCAGCACCGUACACAUCACUGUCCAUGUGAACUUUGUUUUUGCGAGAUUAAGUCAGUUUGCUACAACACGUUUUAUUUGUGCUGUAGUGAGGUGGCUAUACAUAAACAGUGUUCUCAUUACAAAACUAUAUUCAGUUUCCAUAUGGGCUUCUAAGGUUACCAUCUUCCCUACAUGGAGCUCCACUGUAAUUGUAUAAUAUGAAAUAAUACAAGAUGAGUGAAGGUAUAUACACACAUAUAUGUAUGUAAUGUAUGUAGACACACAUAGAUGUAUAUAUGAUGCACAUUCAUGUAUGUAGACAUACACCUAUAUGUAUAUGAUACACACACAUACACAUAUGAAACAAAGCUAGGGAGAAACAAGCAAACCUAUGAAAAAUAAAAGUCACUCCUCCCUGCCCAAGCAGUGGUUUUUGUGUUGGGAAAUGUCUAAUGCUUGAUUAUAAGUGACCAGAAGAUGUCAUUAGUAAGUUGCAUAUUUUCCCCCUAUAAAUUUAUGAAACUGGAUCCCACCACAUACAACUUUAACCAACAUACAAAAAGUUAAUUUAAUCAUCUAAGUUGGAAGCUGAAUUUCAGAAGGGGUAUUAAACAUUGCUUAAUUAAAAGGAUUUUAAAGGAACACAUGAAUUGUGCUUCUUCAUAUGGAAUAGAAUCAUGAUGGUGGAAAUUGCUUGGUUUCUUUACAUCUUAAGGUUGCUGUUCUAGUAAGAAUAUUACAGAAACUUGAAGAGUACUGUGACCUCUUCUUUGAACAGUUUCCCAAGAGAAUGUGUAUGGAUUUGUUGGAUGGUUAACUUUUUGUAAGAUACUGUCAUAAUCGAAGCAGAGGAUAACAGUGGACUGUAUGCUACUAUAAACUAUUAACAUAGCUUUUACCAAAUGUAACUAACUUACUUAGGAAGCAAAGAUUUGCCUAAGUUAGAAGAGCCCUGUAUACACACAGGUGAUACUUGGUUAAUAGUUUGUUUGGGAAAGCAUUUAAGUCAGGAGUAUUUUGGCAAAAUACAUUUCACGGACCAACUUUGGGUUCUGGUUCUCAUUUUUCCCCAGAUCUUUUUACAAAUGAUAAUGUGAUACCAGAAACCAGGCAGAAGCUUUUUUGUUACCAAAAGAUUUCAAUGAAAUUUCUCAUUAAAAUGAUAUUUUAUACUAGGCCAAGUUUCUAUAGUCCAGUAUAAAUUUGGUAAUUAGUUAUGAGUAAAUAUACGAUGUUCAAUUUGCAGAAAUUUAUAAUGAUUUAUUACAGACAAGUUUUAUGAUCACAUGCAGUUGCUCCAUCCUCUUUCCAGACUUUGUGAAUAUAUUGUUUAACUAAAACUAUUCUUGGAAAUAUAAGUGCAUGCAAGCAAGGAUAUAAAAUACCAUUUAAAAAUGCAGGCACCCUAUUCAUUGGUAGUUGACUCUCUGAAUCAAUUAACUAGGAAAACUCAAAAGAGGAACCUAGCUAUCAAAAAUGGCCCUUUUAUGAUCACCCAGUUUUAGUUAUGUCCAAGAAACAUGUUAGAAACCAGUGCUGGAAAGAGAUCCAGUGGGAGCACUGACUGUCGCUGUGCCUGCUCCUGGCCUUGUGGAGAGGGAUGUGCACGGGGUCAGUGCAUGGUGCCUUGUUCCUGCUACUGGUUCCCACAGCAACAAAAAUAGACUAAUUGGAAACUAGAUUUGUUCUGUGUAGGUUUCCCCUUUUUAGCAUGUUUAAAAGUUUUUAAUUUAUACAGUCUCAGUGAAUGUUGCUUUGUUGGUAUGUUUAUAUACACUAGAUACGUUUGUACAGGUUACAUGGAGAUGUGUACAUGUAGAUAUCUGGGUUUCUAAAUAGCUUUUUAUUUGUGGUGAUAUAUUUCUGCUCUUUUUAACUCAAGAUGAAGGUUUGAGCUUUAAUAGGACUAAAUUAUCCACCUUGGCUUGGCCUGUGCCUUUUUUUAACUACUGAAAUUUUACUUUUCACUCAUAGUCAUUAUGUUACUUUUCUUUCUUAAGCAUAAUUGAAAACAUGUAAAGAGAUACAUCCUGGUUAACUUUGCCAAGUCGAAUGAAUAGAACCUUCUGUCAUUAGAUUUCUCUGCUUUAUUUGACUUCCCUGACUUCAUUAACGUCUACCCUUGUGACUAUAGCAAAGGAGCUGUUCAGAUUCCUUCAUUGCCAGGACUUCAGGCACUGUGACACUGAUGAUGAUGUGAUUUUCUUGGGCAUCAGGUACAUAAGCAUGAUUUGGGUUGUAAAAAUCACUAUAUAUUUCAAAUGUGUUUGAUUUCUAAACUUUGCUGAUUUGAUUUAGGUGUAACUCUGUAGAGACUAUAUUCAUUUAGUCAUGUUAAUGGACUCCUUCUAUUGCAAGCGUGGGUCUGGCUUAAAAAUCACUGUAAGAUUUCAGUUUGCUAAGAAUGCUCUCAGUUACUAUGCCCCCAACCUUGCCAGUGCAUGGCUGUUAUAUUUUAACCUGUGUGUAAGUAUCCUGAUAAUACAUUCUGCUGGCUUCUUUAAACAUUUAGACUAAGUUUAAAUUAGUGACACCUGAACAGUAUGUAACUUUGUUGUUGUUGUUGUCUUCUUUACAAAAUGGGAUGAUAAAAAUAGCAAAAAUGAAAGAAAAAUAUUCAACAGUGUUCUUGUUCCAAAUUAAGAAGAUGGAACAAAGAGAAAAAUACCAGUGUUUCCCAAGAAAAACAUUUAAAAUCCAAAGAAGCACCAUGAUAGUCACUUAAAUUUUCUCUUCUCAACACACAGUGGAAAGCAGUGUUUUGUAAGUGAUAUACUCUGCCUGCCCUUUACUGUACAGUAUGAGAAACCAGAACUGAAGCAGAUCUGGGCUUUGCUCUGUCGGGGCAAAUAAUAUCACCUAAGGAUCAAAGUGGAAACCUGCAGCUGGAUCCAGAGUUUCCCACAUAGGGAAAGUGGUUUAUCAUUUCAAUGUUCAGCUAAUAAUUUUAAGGUACUGUAUAUUUGCCAACAUUUAUGUGGAAAGUUUUAUUCCUAAUGUAAGUUAAGUUUUGAAAGUAUAUUAUUUGAUGCUGUGGCCGACCUAAAAUGUCAUCAUAUCAUGGGCAUUUGCAACCUUUAUUUUUUUUUUCUUUACUUACCCCAACACCUAAGUCUAUACUAUGUCUUCUAUAGCCAAUAUAAAUGACAUGUGGGACUAUUUUCAGUAUGAUCUGUUAUAUGGUGUAUAUGCUACAUGUUCAUUUAAUGUGCAAGCUGAAAGUAUGAUAGAUUUACACAUAGAAGGUGUUUCUGUACAAUGCCCCUGUCCAUUUGAAAUUAUAUGCUUGCCCAAAACACUGUGAAACAGUUUCCAAAUUUGUACAAAUGCAGCAUCUUGAUUCUUACUAAGAAGAGGUGACUUUCUCUACAUGAACAUAUGAGCAAAAGAGAUUCUAUAUCCAUACCUAGCUAAGUCUUCUAGGGUUUACUUGGAAUAAUCUCCUUGCUGACCAAAACCUGCUGGAACGUAAUACAGGUUUUGUGCUACCAAAAACACAGCACUCAUACUAAACUGAUUUGCAGUCAAUGGGUCUGUAUCCAAAGCCUUAAUAGGCUCUCUUUUGGAAGGGGAAAGAACUUCAAGUUCACAAUAUCCAACUGUAUUUUAGUUGAUGAGUUAGUAAAUUUAAAAAAUGAUUUUAUAUGUAUGACAUAAAAAUCUUUGUAAAAUGCGCAAGUGCAAUAACUUAAAGAGGUCUUAACUUUGCAUUUAUAAAUUAUAAAUAUUGUACAUGUGUGUAAUUUUUCACGUAUUCAUUUUCAGUCUUUGUAUUUAAAAAUUCUUUAUUGUUAUGUUUGUAUAAUAGAACAGUAACCAUUUAUUAAAACUUAGGAAAGAUGUAAAUAAAUUCAUAAGUCAAACAGCCAGUACAUAUGCAUAUAUGAGUGUUAUAUUGAAAAUUCUGUUUUACUAACAUGCUUAGAGCAGCAAGAAAUCUUUUGUUGAUAUGUAAUUAUACAUAUAAAGUAUAUAUAUAUGUAUGAUACAUGAAAUAUAUUUAGAAAUGUUCAUAAUUUUAAUGGAUAUCUUUGGUGUGAAUAAUUGAAUACAGAGUUUUUAAAAUAUC